CGGCUGGUGCAGAUGGUGAGGAAUACGGAGAAGCUGUUUUCCGUCUCGCUGCAGUGCUUCUACGCUUCGCAGGUAGUGACGAUGUGCUUAGAGCUGUACCUCGUGGCCUAUCGGGUGGGGAUGCAGACACAUUACGAGCGCGGGGAGGCUCUGUGGCAGUCUCUCAUCAUCACGCAGACCUUUGCCGUCUUUCUGCUCGUCUCCAUCCAAGCAAGCGCCGUUUAUGAGGAGGCGGAGGCGAGCGUCGACGUGCUCCGGCGCGGGCUGCCCUUCGCCGCUCCCGAUCGCGUCAAAUUCCAUUUUGGCGAGCUUAUCACUUCCCUGACUGGCUCUCCCAUCUGCAUCACUGGCGGGAAAUUCUUCUAUAUUCAUCGUCCAUUUAUAAUAACGGUAGUGGGGGCCGUCUUGUCCUACUUCAUCAUCAUCCUGCAGCUGAUGCUUCCGAGCGUCGGGCGCGACCGCGGGGAGGCGCCCUUCGCCAAUCUCACGCUGAGCGACCAAGGAGUUUAGGCGUCGAAUGUCCUCUCACGAAUGUAAAUGAAUAAAUAAAUGAACAAAUAGGUGAAUAAGUAAAUGAGCAAAUAGGUAAAUAAAUAAAUAGGCAAAUAGGUAAAUAUGUAAAUGAGCAAAUAGGUAAAUAAAUAAGUAAAUAGGUGAGUGAAUGAUAAGUAAAUCAGUGAUCAGAUAUUUAAAAAUCCUAAAGUAAUGAUGAAAAUAAAUAAUAUGAUAACCAAAUGAAUAGACAAAAACAAUAAUAAAGACACAAAUAAAGAAUAAUCCGCAGGCUACAGCAGCUCCCCCCCCCCUAACACCCAUCCCUCCCCUCUAUUCAUUGCGGUCGCGUCUCAAAACAACAAAAAAUGCAGCAUAUUUCCCCUGCCCAUUAAACCUUGGCCACUUCACCACAUUCUACGGAAACCAUGACCAUGCUAUAUACAGAUUCCUUUGCAUAGAGUACAAACGCAAUAUAUUUAAACAACACUUUUCACAUUUAACCACACAAUACGGGAGCCCAUGAAUCAUAACGUUACUUUGAUAAACUGAAGCAAGGCAGGAAAUACGUUUCUAGGUUAUCAACCCACGCUUCUGUUAAACCAAUUAAAAGACAUUAUAGUUAUAAUUUCUUCCUUUUUUAUCUAUCAUUCUUAUUUUUUAUAUUCAGGGCGUCGCAAACUUUUUUAGCUGACGUUAAGAGGGAAAUGUCAGUUCUAAGAUUUUUUUCCCUUUCUCGUUCGAUUGUUUUUUUUUUUUCUUUUUUCUUUUUCUUUCUUUCUUUUAAUAUCGAGUUUCAACAAAAUCGCGCAGGAAUUAAGGCCUAUAAAAUAAUUUUCUCAUGCUCAUAGGCCUACAGAAAUUUCACUGAUGGUUAAGUUAACUAAACAAGAAACAUUCUAAGAGUCAAAAUAGAGACACUGACAUCGAAAUAAAGUUAAGGACUUUCAACAGCCUGGGCAGUUUUU